GCAUCGCAGGAGAGGCUGUUCCACUUCAGGCGGGCGCAGAGCCAUGUGUAUAUAAAGCCUGGGGCAGCAGCCCGGCAGGGUUGUGUAGCACAACCACACCUCGGCUCACUUGGCAGCACGGCGAGGCACGGCCGAGUGCCGGCAGCUGAAUCCUGAAGUACCCGGGUGUGGGAGCGAUCUGCCCAUGGGCCCCCGCCUGCUGCUGGUUCUGGUGCUGCUUCAGGCAGUUUGGAAAGUUGCUCUGGGAAAGUCCCAUUCACUGCACACUCGAGGAAUCAUUGAACUGGCUGGAGCCAUAACGUGUGGCACAGGACGGUCUCCCUUGGCAUAUAUUGGCUAUGGGUGCUACUGUGGACUGGGAGGAAGAGGUUGGCCUAAAGAUAAAACAGACUGGUGCUGCCACAGGCACGACUGCUGCUAUGACACGGCAGAGAAGGAAGGCUGCAACCCCAAGGUGCAGCGCUACCAGUGGGCGUGUGAGCAGAACACCGUGCGGUGCGAUAACCUGACAGACCGAUGUGAAAAAAUGGUGUGCCUGUGUGACCAAGAAGCAGCCAAGUGCUGGGGAGCAGCCCCAUACAAUCCUCACUUCAUCCUCUGGCCAGACUUUUUAUGUGGACAGACUCAUCCCACCUGCCAUGUCAGAUAUGGGGGGCCAGAAUAGUCUUUUUUGGGCCUUUAUUCUAAUAGUCUGAACCUGAAGGUGGUGGAAUAA